UCCCGCGCUAGAAAAUAGAUGAAGAUAAUUCUCUUAAUAUUUGCCGUGCUAGAAAAGCAACCUAUAUUUCAUUUCAAGUACUUCGGAGUGACUUCUAUGAAGAUGAAGUUGGCAUUUGAGGGGUUUCUCUCAUCCAGGCUCUCUGUUCGUGGUGGGUGAAUGGCUGAAUGCAAACCUUUCUCUCUUACUUGAGAAAGAAUGCAAUGGCCAUGCAUAACCAAAUUCUGAGAUGGCUGAAGAAAACAAAGGUACUCAAACUUGUAUCUCUUGCUUCAUCUGCUGUUGGACUGCUCUGUUAUGCUCUCAGUUCCUCUUUCAACCAUUUCUUGGGAAACUGGAGCUGGUGGAAGAUGCUUCUUUAUAUUGUUUUCAGUUUCAUCAUUUGUUUAGCCGUCUUGUUCACACCCGCAAGGUCAAGUUCCACAUCUUUCCGGCUGGAAUUUCAUUUGGCAUUUUUGGUUCUUAUAAUCACGUCUGUUUGUUCCUUCUUGUUUGAUAACGUGGUGAAGGGUAAACCAGACGCAUACAGCCUCAUCUCUUGGGCUGCUUUUGCAACCAUGUCGCUUGGCUUGUCAAAUCUCACUCAAUUUGGAUUCCAGAUCGAUCUUCUAUAUUUCUUCUGCGGAGGUCUAACAGUACAACUCAUGAAGAUCAAAUUGUGGUUAGUCACUAUUGGAGGGGGUUUCAGUUAUUCCCUCCUCCAGCUUCGUCACUAUCCGAGCCACUCAGACAGGGAGAACCUUCGACUCGAGAACCAAAAUCAAGUAAUCAUUCAAGUUAAUGAUUCAGGGAUUGGUAGUAGUAGUACAAGUCAUGAAGAAGCUAAUGCUGAUGUUGAUAGUACUCCAGGCACCUCACCAGAAGAUGAGAAUCUUAGAUUCCAAGACCAUCUACUCACUCAAAGCAAUUCACCUUCACAAGAUGGAAGCGUUGACGAUGGUCUUAUCAUCCGACAACAGCUCAUAAAUAGUAUAAAAGAGCUUGAAAAGGAGAAUGAGAUGCUUGUUCCCAUGUUUUGUAGACACAUAGAGAAAUACCUUACAAACGUGUUAGUUGACCCCGAAGGAGCACCCAAUCCUGACGUCAACUUGGUGAUGGAUGCACUUCCAUCGGAAAUUAUGAGGCGCCUUAAGGAAACCGUGAAGCUGAUGGUAGAUGCAGGUUUUCAGGAGGAAUGCAGCGACAUUUACAGCAAAUGGCGAAGGGAAUUUCUACAACAUUGUCUGCAGAAACUUGGGUUGCAAAUUGAAUUGCAAUUGGAAGAGCCCAACAAUGAGAACAUUAUGAAGUGGUUAGACACGUGUAUGGUAGCUGAGAAGAUACUGUUUCCCAAUGAAAGGAAACUCUGCGAUUACCUCUUUUCAGGGUUCUCUGUCGCUGCAGAUGUCUCCUUCGAUAAGGUUUGCGAGGAACUGACGAUUGGUCUACUAAGUUUUGCCAAUACCAUCAUAACAACUGGGAGCUAUUUGUCGGAUCUUUUGCUCGAUUUCUUCCCUACAAUGUCGAAGUCAUUGGGCGAGCUGACCCUGAAGUUUACUUCAGAGACGUCAUUUGUAGAUGAUAUUGAAGACGUUCGGCAAAGGUUGGCUAUGCUAAACAAGUUUGGGCUAAUUAUUUACACUAAUAAUGUGCAGGCACUUGUUACCGACGGAAGGCUUCAUCUAUUUAUUAUGGAAGCAAUGCACUACAUCCAUUGGAUAACAAAACAGAGGGUUGACCGAUCCGACAACGUGGGAAAUUUUUUAUUUUGGGUGAUGAUAGUAAGGAUGAUUGAGUUGUUAGAGAGAGAGUUGGUAGCCAAGUCCGAAAACUACUACUCUGACCCCGCAUUGGGCCAUGAUUUUAUGAUCAAUAAUCUCAGCAACAUAGAACAAAAGACGCGUGAUUUGAAAUUGAGCAAUGAUUGGUUUCGACAAAACGCAGCAAAGGUGGAACAAUACUGCAACGUGCAUCUAAGAAGGUUGUCAGAACAAGCUAAUGCUGAUAUUAUUACUCUUGGUACCUCACCAGAAUAUGGGGACCUUAGAUUUCGAGGCCAUCUAAUCACUCAAAGCACUUCAUAUUCACAAGAUGAUGUUCUUAUCAUCCAGCAACUCGUGAAUUGUGUAAAGGAGCUUGAGAAAGAGAAUCAGAUCCUUGUUUCCAUGGUUUGUAGUCACGUGGGCAAAUACCUUAAAGCCGUGUUUGAUUCCAAAGAAGUACCGGAUCCCGACAUCAACUUCGUGAUGGAUUUACUUCAACCCAAAAUUAUGAGGCGCCUUAAGGAAACCGUGAAGCUGAUGGUGGAUGCCGGUUUCAUGUUGGAAUGCAGCGACAUUUACAGCAAAUGGCGUAGGAAGUUUCUAGAACAGUGUCUGCGAGCACUUGGGUUGCAAUUUCAAACGCCUAACAAUAAGGACGUUGAGAAGUGGUUAAAAACGUGCAAGGCAGCUGCAAAGGUACUGUUUCCCAACGAAAAGAGACUCUGCGAUUACCUCUUUUCAGGGUUCUUUUUCACUUUGGAUGUCUACUUCGAGAAGGUUUGCAAGGAACUGACGAUUGGUCUACUGAGUUUUGUCGAUACCACCAUAACAACCGGCAACUAUUCGCCGAAUCUUUUGUUCAACAUUGUCCCUAAAAUGUCUGAGUCAUUGGACGAACUGCUACUGGAGUUCACCUCACAGAUCUUUUUUCACAAACCGUCAUUCUUACGUGAUCUUGAAGACAUUAAACAAAUACUGGAUAUGCUAAACAGGUUUAGGGAUAUUAUUUACCCUGAUAAUGUGUCGGCACCUGUUACCGACAGUGGGCUUUGUCUGAUUACUGAGGAAGCAAUGAACUACAUCCAUAUGAUUUGUAAAGGUAAGAAAAGACAGAGGGCUGACCAAACUUACUACGUUGGAAAUUCUUCAUUUUGGGUGGUGAUAGGAAGGAUGAUUGAAUUGUUGGAGAGCGAGUUGGAAGCCAAGUCUAAAAACUACUACGCUGACCCCGCCUUGGGCUCUGUUUUUAUGAUUAAUAAUCUCAGCUACAUAGCACAAAAGACGCAUGAUUUGAAAUUGGACGAUGAUUGGUUUCGACAAAACACAACAAAAGUAGAACAUAACUGCAACCUCUAUCUAAUAAGUUCGUGGAAUAAGGUGGUGGAACUUUUGAAGGUUGAGACAAAUGACUCCGCGGAAGCUGAUGUGGUAGCGGAGUUAAUGAAAAGGAAGCUGCAUUUGUUCAACAUGCACUUUGAGGAGACAUGCACAAUUCAAUCUACAUGGACUGUCUCUGAUAAGCGACUGAAGGAACGAAUGAUAAAAUCCAUAGAGGAUUUUUUGUUGCCAAAAUAUGGAAAAUUUUGUGACGAGUUUCGAGUUGUUUUUGGUAAUCAAGCUUAUCAUUAUAUUAAGUUUGGAUUUCUAGACAUUCAAAAUUGUCUCAACCAUUUGUUUCUUCUAGACGAGGAGAUGAAUACGGAAGACAAGAAAAACAUAUGAAGUUUGCAAAUAUUUAGAAUACAAAAUUUCAUUGUCGCAAGUGCAGUUCAUAAAAUGCGUUUUAUUGUUUUUCUUUAAUAUUUAGUUAGUAUCUACUU